AUGCUGCUUCCCGGGUGGUUGCUAGGGGCGUGUCUGUGGUUGCUAAGCAUACCUGAGGUUUGGACAGCCACCUUCAAGUUGGCUCUGAUUGGCCCGUGGACAUGUGACCCAAUGUUCUCCAGGGCGAUGCCAACAGCAGCCGCCAACCUGGCGUUGUCACGGUUACGGACUGACCGUGGUCUGAGCAGAGGAUACUGGUACGACGUGAAGCUGCUGGACGAGGACUGCUCCACCUCCAAAGCGCUAACAGAGCUCGGGGACAUGGAGGGUUACGGCCACGCCUACAUCGGGCCCUUUAACCCCGCCCUCUGUCACGCUGCCUCCUUAUUGACUCAGCACUGGGAGGCGGGGCUUUCUUCACCAGGCUGUCUGGAUGCUGAUUGGCCAAACCUGCCGCCCAUCACUCCUCCCAGCAGGGUGCUGUUCACCGUUCUGCGGUUCUUCCACUGGGCGCACGUGGGCGUGGUCUCAGCUCCAACAGACUUCUGGGAGAGUACAGGACAGGAAGUGGCCUCCGCACUGAGGGCUCUGGGCCUCCCGGUUGGUCCAGUGGUUACCAUGGAAACCCGGAAUAAAGGUGGUCCGCGCGAGGCGCUCAGAGCAAUCAAAGAGGCUGACAAGGUCAAAGUGGUGAUCAUGUGUAUGAGCUCCGUCCUGAUUGGUGGAGAGGAUCAGAAAGAGCUGCUAUUGGCUGCUCUGGACAUGGGGAUGAUGUCAGAUGGUUACAUAUUUAUUCCGUACGAUGCGCUGCUGUACGCCUUGCCCUACCAGGAUACAGUAUUCCCCCAGCUGACCAACAGCACGCAGCUUCGUUAUGCGUACAGCUCCGUUCUGACGGUGACGAUGGCGUCCGACCAAAGUUUCUACGAAGCUUUUCGUCAGGCUCAGAUCAGCCGAGAGGUCCGCGCAGCCGUGGCUGCUACAGAGGUGUCUCCAUUCUUUGGUACCAUCUUCAACAUGGUUUACUUCGUUGCUAAGGCGGUGGAGGAGCGUCGCCAGGCAGGGGGCGGGCGCUGGGUGACAGGUGAUCAACUUGUCCAAUCAGAUGGAGGCUUUGACUUCCAAGGCUUCAACCAGAUGUUGUAUGGGGGUAAAGAGGGGCGUGGCUUGCAGGCCAGAUAUGUGGUGUUGGACUGUGACGGUGACCGACUCGUGCCGACACACACACUCGCUCCCACACACGCUGAGGGGACCGUUGCAGGUCUGAGACCACUGAGCCGCUCCUUCAUCUUCCCCGGAGGAAAACCCCCAACCGCCAGCUUCUGUUGGUUCAGUCCAGAGGAGGCCUGCAGCGGAGGUGUCGACACGGUGACGCUGUUCUUUGUCUUCCUGUUGCUGUGUGCUCUGAUUGGAGCUUUUUUGUACUGGAUCAGGAAUUUCAGGAGAACAACAAACACCACCAAACUCAUCCUGACUCUGGAUGACAUCGUCUUCAUCGAUACUCAAGUCAGCAAGAAGAAACUGAAUGACGAGUCCAUCAUGAGGAGUCUUCUAGAAAUCAAAACUCCAAUCCGCUCGAUUUGUCGGAGCUACAUACUGGCAACAGCUGAAAGCUCCAAUAUAGGAAUACUGGAGGGUGACUGGGUUUGGCUCAAGAAAAUUAAUACAGAACAUACAGUAACAGCUGUCAAUCAAAACACCCAGACUCUCUUCAGCCAGUUAAGGGAGAUGCGACACGAGAACCUGAACCUGUAUCUGGGUUUGUUCCUGGAUUCGGGGAUCUUUGCCAUCGUGGUUGAACACUGCCCUCGAGGCAGCCUGGCAGACCUGCUGGCUGACAGUGAGAUUAGGCUGGACUGGAUGUUCAAGUCGUCCCUGCUGAUGGAUCUUAUCAAGGGGAUCAGGCACCUGCACCUUCGUGGUCUGAGUCACGGUCGUCUGAAGUCGACGAACUGUUUGGUCGACGGUCGUUUUGUCCUCAAAAUCACCGACUACGGACUUCCCAUGAUCCUUCACUCUCAGAACCUCAGCCUCCCUGAAGACCCCCAGGAGCUGCUGUGGACGGCUCCGGAGCUCCUGAGGAAUCCGGUUCGAGGCGGUUCGUUUGCUGGAGACGUUUUCAGUUUGUCCAUCAUCAUACAGGAAGUGAUCUCACGGACGCUCCCCUACGCCAUGAUGGACAUGCCCGCCCUGGAGAUCAUAGAGCGUCUGAAGCAGCCCCCUCCUCUCUGCAGACCUUCUGUCUGCGUGGAUGAAGCUCCUACUGAGUGUCUCAGUCUGAUGAACGAAUGUUGGAACGAGGAUCCGAGUAAGAGGCCGACUUUCGAUGACAUCUUCAAACAGUUUCGGGGCAUCAACAGAGGGAAGAGGGCAAACAUCAUCGACUCCAUGCUGCGGAUGUUGGAGCAGUACAGUUCAAACCUGGAGGAUCUGAUCAGAGAACGAACAGAUGAACUGGAGAUUGAAAGACAGAAGACGGACAAACUGAUCGGGCAGCUGCUGCCAAAAUCGGUGGCUCAGGCUCUGAAGAAAGGGAAGCCGGUCCAACCUGAACAUUAUUCAGACUGCACUUUAUAUUUCAGUGAUAUCGUUGGAUUCACAACGAUCUCAGCCCUCAGCGAACCCAUCGAGGUGGUCGACCUGCUGAAUGACCUCUACACAAUGUUUGAUGCCAUCAUUGGACUUCAUGACGUCUACAAGGUAGAAACUAUCGGAGACGCCUACAUGGUGGCUUCAGGCGUUCCAAACAGAAACGGGAAUCAACACGCGGCUGAAGUGUCCAACAUGUCUCUGGACAUCCUGCACUCCAUGGGAACGUUCAAGAUCAAACACAUGCCGGAGAUUAAAGUCAAGAUACGAAUUGGACUUCACUCAGGCCCAGUGGUGGCCGGUGUGGUGGGUUUGAUGAUGCCGAGAUACUGUCUGUUUGGAGACACCGUGACAAGGGCGUCGCUCAUGGAGUCCAGCGGACUUCCCUACAGAAUCCACAUCAGUUUGUGUACGAUGAAGGUCCUGACAAGUCUCAAACUGGGAUACCACAUGGACACCAGACCAGCUACGGUGAAAGGAGUAGAGGACACAUAUUGGCUGAUGGGUCAAGAUGGUUUCACUAAACCACUUCCUACUCCUCCAGACCUCCUCGGAGGGGCCAGUCACGGCAUCAGUCUGGAUGAGAUCCCUCCGGACAGAAGACAGAAGUUUCUGGACCGACAACAGAAGAUGCAGAAGAAAUAGAAGAUGCAACCACGUGUUCAUGUACACCUAUUUAUCAAGACGUGCACACACACACACACACACACACACACACACACACACACACACACACACACACACACACACACACACACUACCUUCAGGACUGGACUAUGCUUCAAUGGACGAUUGUCAAUAGCUGGUCCAAACCAACUAAACUAAAUUCCUGAACAGUGAUUUGCACUUUGUUUUUAGACGGAGGACACUCCGCUCUGAUUGGUCAU